CCCGAAUCCAAAAUAAAUAGCAUGCUUUCUGGAGGCUUAGCUGCCGGAGCUCUACAGAUUUAUUGCGCCUUGCUCCUCGGAGGGCUGAUCGCAUGCAUGCGGCCGGUCCAGCCCCGACUCUGGUCCGGCCUCCCUCUCACGUUACAGCCUAUUUAUAACGGAUCCCGGCCCGCUCCCUCCUCACUGCGCUCUCCCCCUCUUGCCUGCUCCGCUGUCCCGUCAUCCAAGAAGCUGCUCACCGGCGGACGCGUGAGGUCUGUGUCCUGGCCCCCGCGCAGCCUGCCGGCCAGCUGCAUGCCCGGGGAUACGGCUGGAUCUUCCUGCCAGUGCCGUGUGCAGCUCUUGUGCCAUCCCGUCAGCGGGAGGGGGGGGAGAUCUGGGCGCUCGGGGCAAGGCCUCAGCGGGACCCUGAGCUGUCUCACCUCUGGCGCCGCUCUACUCCACCUCCUGCUCACAUAGGGGCCCCGCUGCUGUUCCAGCUACGGCCCCUCAUCUCUGCAGCUGCUCUCCCUAGGUGGGUGUCAUGGAUCACAGUCUGUUUGGCUGCCUGCGCAGCCCCCAUGCUCCGGCACCCGCGCAGGCCCUGCAUCCAGCCUUCGCCCAGUUUGGCCGUUCCGAACACGUCUCAUACCCGGACCUGCAGGGGUCGUCGCCGCCUUGCACUGUGCCGGGUUACCCGGUCGAUGGGGGGGUCUUCAGCGGUGCCCCCCACCGCAGCCAGCUUCAUCCGCCUCAGCACCAACAUCCACCCGGUUGGCACUUACCGCAGAUGACCUCCCCGCCACCAGUUGGCGCCAGGCACGGACUCUGCCUCCUGCCCCCUUCCUCCGGCUCUCCGGAGCUGUGUGCCAGCGCGGGCGGCAGCCCCCCAACCGGGCCAUCCUGCACGCCGGGGGAUCUUGGCCCACGGACAAUGUCCCCAGCUGACCUGGACAGGAGGGCCGCCAAGCUGAAAAAUGACAGCUCAGACUCCCAGGAUGGGAAUUACAAGAGUGAGGCGAACAGUAAGCCCAGAAAGGAGCGGACGGCGUUCACCAAGGAGCAGAUCCGGGAGCUGGAGUCCGAAUUCUCCCACCACAACUAUCUGACGCGGCUGCGGCGCUACGAGAUAGCCGUGAACCUGGACCUCACCGAGAGACAGGUGAAGGUCUGGUUCCAGAACAGGAGGAUGAAGUGGAAGCGGGUGAAAGGAGGGCAGCAGGGGGCGCUGGCGCGCGAGAAGGAACUGGGCAAUGUGCAGAAGGGCACCCUGCUGCCCUCUGAGUUUUCCGGCAUCGCCGGCAUGCACCGCUCCGGGGAUUCCCUCACCAACGACGACAGCCGUGACAGCGACCAGAGUUCGGAGCACGCACAUUUAUGACGCUGCACAGGCCCGGCCCUCUGCUCGCAGACUCUGCCUCCUAACUCAGGACCCGGUGACACAUCCAUCCGCCUGGCGAUCUGGACGGCGGCUGAAAUGAUAACGAAUGAAGCGUCCAACAAAGUCACUUUGAAAAGGCAUCUGCUUGUGAGCAAAAUCCACCCCAAAAACGUCUUAAAUGUAGGUUUUGAUUAGGCCAAAGCGUUGAGAACAUUCCUUGUGGAGGCCAAUGGGUAGGUAGGUGGGGGGGGGGGGGCUACCUGGGUUUGUACUUUAAUUUUCCUCAUUAAUUUCUGCCGUUUGCACCAGCACAAGUUCAUCGCAUUCUGAAUAAAAAUCAGCAAACACUCACUCAGUUAAAUGUACUUUAUUAUGUAAAUAAUUCACAAUUUUCUUACCCUCUGUCUGCAGAUUUCUUAUGUACAAAGCACAUCUCCUGCAUCGUGUGAUAUAUAUUCAAAAAAUAUCUCUGGCCCCUUGGGAAAUAGAUGGAAUGUUUUUUUUACAUACGUCUCGCCAGGUUUCGUUUCUGAAUUGAGCAGGAAAGAGUUUCUACAAACUAACACAUCUCACUUGUCGCAUGAAAGGGAUUUUCUGCUCACCUGAAGGGAUUGUAUGGCUCCAGAAGAUUGACACGAACCUACGGUUUGACUGAUGGACUGAGGCUCCCCCAGGGAGACUUUACUGGCCCCCCAUCAGUUGUCACCAUGUAUAAACCAUUUAUAAAGGGCCAUUCCUUCCCGCCUGAAUACCGUUCCGGUAUUCCAGAACUUUCCCUCCCCCCUGGCAAACCUUCUGACCUCUGUACAGCCAGGACUAGCCCUCAAGCAUCAGGAAGUAAAUCAUACCACAUUUAAAAAAUCAUUAUAUUCUCUCAAUAAAUCGUUAUCAUUCCUA